CCACAGAGUGCGCCCAUCCUGCAUAACCUCUUGAUUUACAGACGACUAGAGCUUCUUGCACUCUGGACACAAGCGGGCUUUUGCUCUGCUGCAAAUUAUUCCCAACCAGUGGCCCAUGGUUCCCAAUAUUUAGCCAUUUACUCUCUUUUUCCUGAUUGAAAGACAUCUCGCUUUGGAAAUUGUGAGAAUGCAAACCUGUCGCAGAAGUUCAUGACAAGCGUCACUCUUCCCC